UGUUGAAGAAGCGCGCUUAGGGUCGGCACAUCGAGGUCUUUGCCAGGGCAACGACGACAGCCGGCCAGCAGCAGCGCCAUGAGGCCCGCGGUAGCGCUCGCGCUCCUGCUGGUAGCUUGCCUGCUUUUGGAAGCUGAAGCCAGCAAGAAGAAGCUCAAGAAGCUCAUCCUGCUCAAGAAGCUCAUGAAGAAAGGGAAAAUCAUCAUCCCACUGCCCAUACCUAUCAAAAAAGGGGGCGGUGGAGGCGCCAUGAUGCACCUCAAGUCUCUGCUCGGGAGCCUUGGAGGCGGCGGUGGCGGCGGCGGUCAUGGAGGAGGAGGCGGUGGUCAUGGCGGCGGCGGCGGAGGUCACGGCGGUGGCAUGACCGAGGUCUGGAAGGUCGAGCUCAUCAGCAGUGGCGGCGGAGGUCAUGGCGGCGGCGGCGGACAUGGAGGAGGCGGCGGUGGUCAUGGCGGAGGCGGCUGGAUGGGCGGCGGAGGCGGCGGAUGGGACAUGGGAGGGGGCGGUGGAGGAGGCUGGUAAACAAGGAAGCCACAACGGAAUGCACAGGACGACCGCGACGGUGCCCCGCACGUUCAAAACUCAUCGUCACUCUGCACCGUCGCGGCAGAGAUAGCCUCUAGCAACCUCAAGUAUUGGCGGGCCGACCCGCAACGGACAUCAUCUUUCGGAUUGUGUGGAAAUGAUAUGACACCAGGAGCGCCUUUUUGCCGCACCUCACGUGCUCUUAGGCUGCGAAGGAUCUUAGCGCGCGCUAGAACCAAGGCUUGAGAAAAGAGUGGGGUUGAGAAUGUGAAAAUAGUCGUUAAUUUAGAUGGAGCCCGACUCCAGUCCCCGACCAAAGAAACGUCUCGAAGGCCGAGCACACUAGAAUAACAGUAUCGGUCUAGUGGGAAAGCACUUAAUAACACAAGUCAUGGCGCAGCUUAGUUGACAAGCCCGACGCUUAUCACAACACCCACGAAAGUACAUACUGUCGGCGUAGUGCGCCGGUAUGCGUAUUUUGCCAUUGAUAAAAUGAGGAAGUAAGUGAAGGCACAUAUGGAAAUUUGCCGGAACAAUCAGAACGCCAAUGGACUUUAUCAUUUGGAAAUAUUGAUAAAAUUAUGAGAUACGGCAGAGAGCGCUGGCGAGAAAUGGUCUAGCCUGUUUUAGGGCAACCAGAAUGUGCAGUGUGGACCGGACGGAGCUAUUCCCGUGAAGGCACAGCCGAAACAAACGAAUGAAGUCUCUGCAAGACUUGUUCAAAUAGUCGCGCACAUAUGAACCAUGUGCAGUGAUUUGUAAAAUACUUUUAUCAUCAUAGUCAUUGCUGUUCCUGUUCAUGGAGUUUGUUCACAAAUGUGUUUUGUACCGUAAACGAAAAAAAAAAAAAAAACGUUUUAUUCCACGAAAGAAAGACUCUGUUUACUGUAG